AUGGAGGCGAUUCAGACCCAUCCCACGAGUGCGGCGCAGGCUAAGGCUUUCACCGCGCCCGGCUCCCUCUCGUUCCCCGGCGGCGCUCACGAGCUCCCUCCCCAGGCGAACGGCGAUAAGGCGGCCGUCAACGGACAAAUCCCUGUGCCCAACGGCCAGCAGCCUGCAAACGGUACCGGGGUGACACCCGCGACACCUGCUGCGACGCCUGCCGCGACACAGGGUGGCAGUGGCUUGACUCCUACGUUGCAGAACAUCGUUGCCACGGUAAACUUGGACUGCCGCUUGGACCUCAAGACGAUCGCCCUGCACGCGAGAAACGCAGAGUACAACCCCAAGCGUUUCGCUGCCGUCAUCAUGCGUAUUCGUGAGCCCAAGACCACUGCCCUGAUCUUCGCUUCCGGCAAGAUGGUCGUCACCGGUGCCAAGUCCGAGGAUGACUCGAAGCUUGCGUCUCGCAAGUACGCCCGUAUCAUCCAGAAGCUCGGCUUCAACGCCAAGUUCACGGACUUCAAGAUCCAGAACAUUGUCGGCUCUUGCGAUAUCAAGUUCCCCAUUCGCUUGGAGGGUCUUGCUUCGCGCCAUCACAACUUCAGUUCUUACGAGCCUGAGCUGUUCCCUGGUCUUAUCUACCGCAUGAUUAAGCCCAAGAUUGUGCUCCUUAUCUUCGUCAGCGGCAAGAUCGUCCUCACCGGUGCCAAGGUGCGAGAGGAGAUUUACCAGGCCUUCGAGAUGAUCUAUCCCGUGCUUCAGGAUUUCCGCAAGGUCUAA